ACGACGACGACGCCAGCAGAAGAGGCCACAACACAUCAGCAUCUGAGCAGAAGGAGGAGGAGAAGGACCCUGGGAGCCACACCAGUUAUCCACAUCCACAUCCACGCACCGAAGGACACACACACAGCAGGAAGAGACACACCGAGGCCUAGCCAUGGGCAGUGGACACUAUUUCUGGGCGAUUUUCUACUUUGCCAGCCUCUGCAGUGCUUCACUAGCAAAUAAUGCCAAAAUAAAUUUCCGAGAAAAGGAGAAAAAAGUCUUAGAUCAAAUUUUAGGUGCAGGCAAAUAUGACGCACGUAUACGACCAUCCGGAAUCAAUGGCACAGAUGGUCCCGCCGUUGUGCGCGUCAACAUAUUCGUACGAAGUAUAUCGAAAAUCGAUGAUGUGACUAUGGAGUACAGUGUGCAGUUAACAUUCCGAGAGCAAUGGACGGAUGAGCGUCUGAAGUUCGACGAUAUCCAGGGUCGGCUCAAAUACCUCACACUGACGGAGGCGAACCGAGUCUGGAUGCCGGAUCUUUUCUUCUCAAACGAGAAGGAGGGACAUUUUCACAACAUAAUCAUGCCCAAUGUGUAUAUACGCAUCUUUCCCAACGGUUCAGUUCUGUACAGUAUACGUAUCUCGCUGACAUUGGCUUGUCCAAUGAAUCUCAAACUAUAUCCAUUGGAUAGACAAAUAUGUUCAUUGAGAAUGGCCAGUUAUGGCUGGACCACAAAUGAUUUGGUGUUCCUUUGGAAGGAAGGUGAUCCGGUGCAGGUCGUUAAGAAUUUACACCUACCUCGCUUCACUUUGGAGAAGUUUUUGACUGAUUACUGUAACAGUAAAACCAACACGGGUGAAUACAGUUGCCUCAAAGUCGAUCUACUAUUCAAGCGAGAAUUCUCAUAUUACUUAAUACAAAUUUAUAUACCAUGCUGUAUGUUGGUCAUUGUAUCAUGGGUAUCAUUUUGGCUGGAUCAAGGCGCAGUGCCAGCGCGUGUGUCAUUGGGUGUCACCACUCUAUUGACCAUGGCAACACAAACAUCGGGCAUUAAUGCAUCACUGCCACCAGUAUCCUAUACGAAGGCGAUUGACGUGUGGACCGGCGUCUGUUUAACCUUCGUGUUCGGGGCAUUGCUUGAGUUUGCCUUAGUGAACUAUGCAUCCCGUUCAGGUUCGAAUAAAUCUAACAUGCAUAAGGAGAAUAUGAAAAAGAAGCGCCGAGAUCUGGAGCAGGCCUCCUUGGACGCCGCUUCAGAUCUGCUCGAUACAGAUAGCAAUGCAACGUUCGCAAUGGCAUCGCAAUAUCCACGCGGUGGCGGCCAACAGAAACCGCUAGUGCGCCAUCCCGGCGAUCCUAUGGCCCUCGAGAAGCGUCUCCAGUGCGAGGUGCAUAUGCAGGCACCCAAGCGACCCAAUUGCUGCAAGACCUGGCUAUCGAAAUUCCCCACAAGAUCGAAGAGAAUCGAUGUUAUAUCACGGAUCACCUUCCCGCUGGUCUUUGCCCUCUUCAACUUGGUCUACUGGAGCACAUAUCUCUUCAGGGAGGAGGAGGAUGAGUAAAUGCCGUUGCCAAUACUUAAAUUUAAAACAUAAAAAACUUAAAACUUAGAAAUGAACAGCAAAUGUAACCGAAACACAUGGGAAAUGAUUGUACUAACCUAUUCUUUCAAUUCUUUUUCCAUUCUUUCCACAAAUUUUGGUUCUCAUUUGGAUUCAUUUUCAUGCUCUUUUUGUGUUGCGUUUUGUGUUUUCCAAAUGAUUUGUUGAACCUCAAAUAAAAAGGACCUUCUAAGGACCGCCAACGGCUAUGUAGAAUCCAAACGAGAGAGAGAGAACGAGGGGCAUGCCCCCAAAGUACAGAAACAGAACAGAGUUAUAGGCAAGGCUUCAAGGCACUUCCAUUAAAGAUUAAAAUGAUAAUUCGAAUGAUGAUGAUUAACAAUUAGUUCUUAAGCUCAAUUGAUGAUUCAAAAGUGUGACUGCAUAGUAGUUAAUGUUAUUAAUAAUUAUAAAAAAAAACACACACACAACACACACACACGACACACACCUAAACAACAAUUGUUUGAGUUAGACUAGUUCAAAAUAAAUUUAAAAAACAAAUUCAAAAAUUACACAAAUUAUUUGUACUUAAAACGAAAUUUGAUAAGUUUAGCCCUAAAUCGUAAAUCCAAGGAUCAGCGGUCGAACCAUCGACCAUUUUUUGUACAUAUGAAUGAAUACGAAUAUAAGUUUUAAGCGAAACAACAACCAACAAAAAAUCUCUAGUUUAAAAACAAAUUCGAAUUGUAUAAAGAGCAUUGUGUAGAUAUUUACUAAGUUUAGUCGAUAAACCCGAAGCGGAAGCUAAGCGAAAAACUCUAGGUAAAAAUUCUAAUAAAAUUAUAUGUUCAUUCAUCGAAAAGAAGAUAUCGAAUAAAACAAUCGUAAGAAGAAAGUCCUCUGCAAAGCACUCACUAAAAAGAAAAAAAAACUAAAUCCCAAGAAGUAUGUUUAUUUUAAGGCCAAACAAAAAGAAAAUGGUUAAAAUGGUGGGUAUUUUUGCAUCCGUUUUCCUAGAACUCCUAGAAUUAUUCUUUAAAGCCUGCUUUCAAGUUUGAGCAUUUGUUAAAGUAGUUUUACAAUAUUUAAUACUAUGAAAACUAUUAUGGGAAUAUUCGUAAUCCUGAAUUCUUAUUUGAUUUAAACACUAGACUUUUAUUCAAUUUUCCCUUAUGUAUUCUGGGUCCAAACGGCUCCGUUUAGCUAUAGUUUAUUUCCCCGUUUUCCUUAAGUAGAGUUACUAAUAAAAAUAUAUAACAACUAAAACCAAUUAAACAGACAAUACAAAUACGUAAUCGAAUAUCGAAUCGGUUCGAUAACCGAUAUAUAGAGCCACCACCAUAUAGAAAGUUCUUUGCCAAUAAUCCAAAAAAUUUAGACCAAAUUUUUUUGGUUAUUUAAGUGCCUUUUUUCAUACGAAUAAACACUUCCAAGACAUCCUCUCCCUUCGACCUUCGAUGCACUUACAGCUUUAACUUUUAGCCAACAAAUAUACUAACAAAAGUACUAACUGAAUUCUACAUAGCAACAAUAAAAACAACAAAAAAAAAAGAAUCAGUAAAACACUUAAAAACUUUCAAAUAAAACAAACAUUUUUUGU